GUUUGUCGAAAGGCACGUGAUAUUUUCGAUUCGGCCCCAUUAAUUUGAUGUGUUUGCAACCACAAAAUUGUUGCUAGUUCCACCGUUGAACACCAAAAUUUCCGCGCACCGAUGAAAACAAUGGUCCUUGCACUAUCAUUUCUUCGAACCAUAGAACACAUCGCUCAUUGUAAUUCAAUACAAUUUAUCGUUGAAACAUAAGAAUAGCUGCUGUUUUCUUCGGAUUCACCCCUCUGUAAAGGAAUGUUUGCUUAUCGAAGCAGCGGGCGGAAGUUUUAUUUAUAAAUAAUUGAUAAAAAAAAUUCAAUUUACGUCAAGGUUUAGAUCGGAAUUCCAAUGGGUGAACAAAAACGCAACGUAGUAGAGUAAUAUGAGCUAUUUAGAAAAAUGGUGUAUUUUAUGUGGAACAUUUAUACAUAUCAUUAGCGCCCGCAACUGAUAAUACAAGUCUUACAAUUGGGCAUACUUAAUUUUUUUCUUCUUCUUCAUUCAAACUGAUAACACAGAACACAUUUGGAUUGAGCGAUAAUUUUGAUUGUUAUGCUUCUGUUUAUUUUUUUUCUUCGUUUCCAUACACUUCGGUUGUUUUGUCAAGUGGAACAUUAUCGCUUAAAUAUUUAAGAAUACAUAUAUUUCAGCAAUUACAUUAUUUUUCGUCGUAAAGUGCCAUUUUUUCUUUCUGUUCAACUUAAUGUUAUCUCGCACAGCCAGCGAUAAUUUUUGUUCGAGUGAAACAGAACAUCCAUGAUGUGUGUAUACUUCACUUUUUCAACAUCCUUUUUUCGGAACGAGCGCUCGAUAACGCUUAUCGAAGAACAACCGUCGAAUCGGACAAACGAAUCUGCAAGAAAUGAGACACAUCGUGUUAUUAUUACAUCCAAAAUAGAACCGACCACAUUUUGACAUUUGUCUGCGUCAGUCUCUUCCGAACAAAACGGUUCCCACAACACGAAUUGAAAACGGAAUAAAUAAAAAAGAAAAUAGAAUAUGUGGAAAAUGGGAAUUUAGUCGAUGAAACUGAAUAGAUUAUGGUUUCGUUGACAUUCGAGCGAAUUGAAUCUCCGAAAACGGCAGUAAUUAAUAAAUAUCAAAAUACCGCACCGUGUGAAAAAUGAACUAAGACCGGAAAGCUUGACUCGAUUGUUGAUUUCAAGGAAAAAAAAAGUGUUUGAAAAAUUAUUGUGUGAACUCUUGAAAAAAUUGAAUCGAAAAUCGUUAAAGACAAGGAAAAAAAAUUCGUCGUGUUAAAAGAAAGAAGAGAAAAAAAAGAAGUGAUCAUAAAAAAGGAAUUAAAAUAAGACUUUUUGUGUUAGUUUUUUUCCAAUUCAGUUAAAAAUGUUCCAUUCACCAACCACGUACUCCGAUAUGACAGCGAGCGUUGGAAAUGUGUCCGGUUAUCACCAUCAUCAUCAAGCGCCAAGUUCGAAUUCGCCCGUUUAUGUGCCAUCAAAUCGGGCGUUACAGCACGGCCAAUACACUGGUCAUGGGUCAACAUUUGGUCAUGCAGCAACCACACAAAAUGGUUGGCAAGCCGAAAAUUUCACCGCGCAUAACCCACUCGCUCCACAAUUUUAUGGACAGAAUAUAAUGAUGGGCACAUGGAGACCAUACGAUCCGCGUAGCUUCCAAAGUACAUCACCAUACGAUGCGAUGGAUUUUACACUUGGCGAAGGACGUGAAUGUGUGAAUUGUGGUGCAAUUUCGACACCAUUGUGGCGUCGUGAUGGUACUGGCCAUUAUUUGUGUAACGCCUGCGGUCUCUAUCACAAAAUGAACGGCAUGAAUCGUCCGCUCAUCAAACCUAGCAAGCGUCUCGUUAGCACCGCAACCAGACGCUUGGGAUUGUGUUGCACGAAUUGUGGCACACGAACAACAACACUAUGGCGACGCAACAACGAAGGUGAGCCCGUGUGUAAUGCAUGCGGCUUAUACUUCAAACUACAUGGUAUAAAUAGGCCGUUGGCAAUGCGAAAGGAUGGAAUCCAAACGCGUAAACGAAAGCCCAAGAAAAAUGGGAGUGGCAAUUCAGCCGUUGAACUCGGUCUGAGUAAAAAAGACGACAAAGAAGAUGUUAAAUCGAGCCUAACGCAGAACGAAUCAAUGCAUCUUCAUUCGAAAGGCGUCCCUCAGCAUUCACCAACACAUCAUUUGCUAUCGAGCACGCCAACAUCACGUUCACACUCGAUCAGUUCAUCUUCCACUUCAUCAGCUUCGGCUAUACAUCAUCAUCCAUACAGCAUGCACUCGACAUCGACCACCAAUUCACCAACCUCACACACCAAUGCACCGUCAAAUCAUUCGUUGAUUGGACAAGCAGCGAUCCCGUCCAAGUAUGACUUUGGACACAACACAUCGUCAGCACUGCACAACACACAAACUUCAUCCGCAAAUCUCAGUAGCAAUUUAACGGCCAACACCAACUAUGGCAUUCAUUCAACGAACAAUUUGCAAACACCAUUGUCCUACAGUAAUGUAAAAUCCGAAUCAAAUGCUGGCACCAAUUUUGAUUACAUGAAUAGCUGCUUACAAAAUGGAUACUUCAACAGCUCUUAUGGUGCAAUCAGUUCGUCGGCCACUGCAACACAUCCAGUUUCAGAUUUAUCCAGUUACCAUCACAUUCAAGCAGCCAAAUUGAUGGCCACUUCUUGAAUUUUAAACACUUUGUGGCAAUCAUUUGAUGAACAUGAUCCCGUUGUUGGGAUUCAUAUUAAUGAGAUGUGGUUUUGGUUUUCAUAUCAAUGCCGAUGAUGUUUUCGGUUUUAAACUACUUGAUGAUCAUAAUUUUAUAUUAGCCUAUAUAUUCUUUAGCAGUGGUAAUAUGGGGCAAAAUAGCCCAGUUAGACUUUUUAGAUUAAGUUAUGGAAUCUCUUCAUUUUGGUUCGAUUUAGAAUCUCCUUCUCCGAAAUAUUCUUAAAAGAGAAACAUUCAUGAAAAAACAAUAGAAAUGUAGUAUUCACCACACAGAAUCUGGUAGAAUGGCUUGAAAAAGAAUUGUUUCACUCAUUUUAAUUGGAUAAGUAUCCAUUUUUGUAUCCUUUCGCGGAAUCAAAUUCAUUUACAAACAUAAAAUUCAUUCACAUGUUGAGCAAGCAAAAGUAAUUCCAUCGAAGAAUAGAAGAAAAAAUACAGUAAGAAAACGGAAAAUAAUUUAAAAACGUAAUUUUAUCAUAUUUAUACUUAAAAUGAUGACGUAAGAUGACACAUUUCAUGAAAUGAUCAUCGGAUAAUCACCACAAAUAGUGCCUUUUGUUCAAAUCAACAAUUUGAACACGUUGUUUCUAGGAUAGACAUAAGUUGCAGAAAGUGAAGCAGCAAAAGUGAGCCUUUUCUUCAUUGAAUAGUGUAAUCAUAGAUCGCCAUAGUUGAUCCAAAAAGUGCACAACACUUUUUGUUUUCAUUUGUGUUACAAAAGGCGAUAUGUAGAAAAAGAACAUCCCCUUCAGACUAAGAUUGAUUUAGAUAAACAAAUUAAUGGGAGUCUCUAAUAAUAAA